UGAUCAAAGAGUUAGGUUAGGCUUUGCUGUUUGAGACAGUUUGUCUCUGAGUGCAGAUAGUUUGUUUCUGUUAAUCUGAUAUUAGCCUUUUUGAGUCUUUGAUAUAAUUCUGUAGACUGUGCUUGAAACCAAAGAUUCCUCUUUGUUGAAACGUUCAACCCGUAUCUACGGGUUGAAACCGUUUAGUGCUUCCGAAGAGUUAGGUGAGGUUAGGUUUGUAGUGUUCCGAUUUAAAAAAAAAAACAAUUCAAGAUGCCCAAAAUAUUCACUCCAACUAACCAAAUACGACACACAAAUGUCGCAGUUGUGAAACUUACGAAAAAGGGAAUGCGAUUUGAAAUUGCAUGUUACAGAAAUAAAGUUGUAGCAUGGAGGGAACAGAUAGAAAAGGAUAUAGAUGAAGUCUUGCAAAUACAUUCGGUUUUCACUAAUGUGUCGAAAGGACAAGUAGCAAACAAACAUGAUCUCCAAAAAGCUUUUCACAGUGAAGAUGUUACUGAAAUAUGUAAGGAAAUAUUGGCGAAAGGAGAGCUUCAAAUAUCAGACAAGGAGAGACAUAGUAAAUUAGAUCAGGUCUUUAAAGAAGUAGCAACAAUGGUGUGUGAUCAAUGUCUUAACCCUGAAACGAAAAGGCCAUACCCCAUAACAAUGAUUGAAAGGGCAAUGAAAAAUAUGCAUUUUUCUGUUAAAUCAAAUCAAUCAUCUAAACAGCAAGCUUUACUAGUAUUGAAAAAAUUGACAAAAGUGAUGCCUUUCGAGAGAGCUAGAAUGAAAGUAAAAAUAACAUUACAAGGCGAGGGCUCCAAGAACGUCAGGGAAAAAAUAAUGGAAAUUGAAUGCCUAGAAAUUGAGGAGGAGUUUAAAAAUGAUGAAGACAUUAUUCUUAUCACGGAAAUUGAUCCUGGAACUUAUAAAGAAAUAAAACAAUUGUUAGAGGCAGAAACCUUCUUGGGAACAAUAGAAACUAUAAAUUCUAAUAUAAAGGUUGAAGAUGUAGAACAUUUUGGAUUUACUUAACAAAUUUUAUCUCAUUAUCACUCUUCCUGUAUUUUAAAUUAAAGUAUGUAUAUAAUUUUUGCUUUAAUUAAAAUCAUACUAUAAA